AUGUAUAUUUGGAGUCAUCAUGAUGGUGUGCAUCGAAGAAGAAGAAGAAGAAGAAGAAGAAGAAGAGAAGAAGGUUGUUCGCCAGGGAGUCGUGCAACAACCGUGGCCAUGCGAUCGGUAACGCCCCAAUGCCACGAAGAAACUCCAUCCCUCUCACGGCGGUCGAUGAUGGAAUCUGGCAUGGCUCCCCUGCUAGAAUCCUGGUUGGAGCUGGCAACCCUCGAAGUGGAUGUGGACUACUGCGCAUCAGGCUGCUUGGUUACUUGGUACGAUACGAUGGCGCUUGUCGAGGCGUGGACUGGUAACUCAUCACAUCUCGUUAGAGAAAUUGGAGAGAAUCCUGGAGAUUGGGGGGUGGUGGUGGCAGCCAGCCCACCACAGGUAAAUUCAACUUGGCCUCUAAGCAUAUCCCCAUCUCCGGGGACUCCAUUAGCAAUGCCCACCAUCAUUCAUGUUUGGCACAUUACGAAAUGUGGCCGGCUUGCGAGAAAAUACGGAGCCCCAACCCUGAAUACCUUUGCAGAGUACCCAGCUCGGAAACGUGUAGCCAACCACCUGGGGGUCACUGCAACCUUGGGCGCCGUUGCUCCCCCAAGCUCUGGCUCUGGCUCCAAGGUCAUGGCGGCCUUUGCCCGCAAGCUUAGCUUCUCCGGUCCCCAUCUCUGA